CGAGAAACGAAAGAGGAAUUGGCUAUUUCCGAGUAGUACUUGGAGGCAGCAGCAGCCUCCAGGAUCCUGGGUGUGUGCACUCAGUCAGUCAGUCAGCACAGGCAGGCGGAGAAAACACCAGCAGCCACAUCGCAACGGGAGUCCAGCAGCGCCUGUCAACUGUCACCUUGCCUGGAAACUUCUCCCCUUUGCUCCAUCUGCUGGGCCGAGAAUGGGAAACUACCCGAGCUAGUUCUCGAAGAGGACCUGCAUUCAGGGGCGGACUGCCCAAAAAGUGCCAGAUCGUUCCCUCAUCCAGUCAAGCAGCCAGUGAGUCAGUCCCAUCCUUCACGUCCAGGGAGGGGAUCCAGGAGCCUCUGUGGAGAUGCAGACCUUUCUAAAAGGCCGGAGAGUCGGCUACUGGCUCAGCGAGAAGAAGAUGAAGAAACUGAAUUUUCACGCUUUUGCGGAUUUGUGCAGGAAAAGAGGGAUAGAGGUCAUUCAGUUGGACCUCAGCCAGCCUCUGGAAGAGCAGGGUCCCCUGGACGUCAUCAUCCACAAACUGACGGACCUCAUCCUGGAGGCAGACCAGAAUGAUUCUCUGGCUGUGCUGCUAGUGCAACGAGUACAGGACUACAUCGAUGCCCACCCCGAGACCAUCGUCCUCGAUCCCCUCCCAGCUAUCAGAACUCUGCUGGACCGCUGCAAAUCUUACCAGCUCAUCCACAGGAUAGAAAGCUGUAUGCAAGACCAGAGGAUUUGCUCUCCUCCGUUUAUGGUGCUCAACACCGAGUGCACCCCGGACGUGCUCGAGCAGAUCAGGAAGCACGGACUCACCUUCCCGUUCAUUUGUAAAACUCGAGUGGCUCAUGGAACCAACUCCCAUGAGAUGGCCAUUAUCUUCAGCGAGGAUGACUUGAAGGACGUGAAGCCCCCCUGCGUCAUCCAGAGCUUCAUCAACCACAACGCGGUACUCUACAAGGUCUUCGUUGUGGGGGACUCGUACACGGUGGUGGAGAGGCCCUCCCUCAAGAAUUUCCCUGCCGGACCUGCAGACAGGAAAGCCAUUUUCUUCAACAGCCACAACGUUUCCAAGCCGGAGUCGUCUUCAGACUUGAACUCGAGGGAGAACGUCGAGGGCGUUUCUCAGCCUCCCAGCGACGACGUCAUCCGAGAACUGUCCAGGUCCUUGCGUCAGGCGCUGGGCGUGUCCUUGUUCGGUAUCGACGUCAUCAUCAACAACCAAACCGGCCAACACGCCGUCAUCGACGUCAAUGCCUUCCCGGGUUACGAGGGCGUCCCCGAGUUCUUCAGCGACCUGCUCAACCACAUCAGCGGCGUGCUGCAGAGUCACGUCGGGCCCUCGGACCCGGCCCCCGCCAACGAGCCUCCCAAAGGCGUGAGCGCCCCCGCGGCCGCCGCCACCCCACCGUGGAUCGUGGAGGGUGACGCGGGACUGAAGGGCGGGCGUCAUCAGCGGCUGGGCUGCAGCUCGCCCAUGUCGCCCAACUUUCAGCAGCACUGCGUGUCAGCUCUAGCCACCAAGGCCUCCUCCCAGUGACUCUGCCCCCCCCCCCACACCACCACCCCUCGCUGGAAAAACACAUCACCACGGUGACAAUAACAAUGAAUAGUAUAAUAAUUAAUGAUAUCUAAUCACAACCUUUUACCGUGUAGUUCUUGCAAAUGAUGAUGAUGAUGAUUGGGUGUAAAGCUUUUUUUUUUUUUUCCUCUGCCCCCCCCCCACUCUCUCUCUUCGGCUUUUACUUUUUUGUAUUGUUGUUUUUUGUCCAAUGAGACUUUAACAGUACUGUAAUGUGAACCUUUUUGGGAAGUCAUUUGUAUUCUUCGCUGCAGUGACGCCUGGCUCGGCAUUUUCGGACUGGGGAAAGGUGUGCCCCCUGAUGUGCAAUGUGUGACGCCCUCUGCGUGCGAGUGCGUGUGCGAGUGUGUGUGUGUGUGUGUGUGUGCGCGCGUGUGUGUCGAACACCACUGACUCCUCUGUGAGGGGAGGGAGCAUGCGUUUGAACCAAGAGAUAAGCUGUCGACUUUCUGAGUGCCAUCGUUAUUUUCGAUUUGAGGUGAAGAACUGAGAAGGAAAUCUCCAAGGGAGCGCAGGAAGACAUUCCGUUUCUUUUUCUUUUUUAUUUCUGCACAAUGAACUCCACCGCCAGGAUUCCAUUGUGAGAGUUCCUCACAUAACAUCAAAGCGUCAGUUGCCUUUUCUUUUUUUUUUUUUUGGUUUCCUUUUAUGCUCACUGCUCUCCUGUGGACCCAUUCGCUGCAUUCUGAGUAAUUUAUUCCACUGAUUGUUUUAGAUCAAAUGUUUUUGAUUUGCCAGCUGUCAACAGUUUAAAGGAGAUCAUUAAGUAAGUUUUCAAAUUGUGAGUUAAUUGGGCAGUUUGCUUUAAUCAGACUCCCACACACGAGUCUUUAAACACGCAGUUGAAUGGGAAUCCACCCAAUCAGCUGUGACUGAAGAGCAAGUGUGGGAAAUGAGAUUUUUUUUUUUUUAAUUCCAAUGUUUUUUUCUUUUUGAAAUGUAUUAAAUGGGAUUUUAUGGGGAGAAUGUUUUUAUAUAAAUGAUGGCUUAUUUACUAGAAGACUAGUCAGAAAUUUGUAAAAAGAAAAAUAAUCAGAGAACAAAAGUGAUGUUAAAAGGGAUAGAUGAGUGCAAAACCCUGAGUUUUGUCUUCAUCCAGUACAGCAGCAUUGGUGAGCAAUCAACAAAGAGUGGGUAAAGUCUGCCUUUCACCCCAAGUCAGCCGGGAUAGACCUGAACAGAAAAAGGGAUCUCGAAAAUGGAUGUCGUACGGCUUUGGAGGACCCCCAAAUGGAAACAGGGUGCCUGCAUUUGCUGUAGUCGCAUCAUCUCACCAGCAAUCGACUUCCAUUUAAGGCAAAGCUCAAAGGCGGCAGACGUAGGGAAAUUGAACGUUUUGUUCUGUCAGGCUCGGACGAGGCUCGUGAAUCCUACCCGUGGUCACGUGUACCCCCAGUGGCAUCGGUAAGCCCGCUUUCCACCUUGAAAAUGUUUACUCCUUGGGUGUUGUGUACAUUACGUGUAUCUACGCCUGAGCUUGCUUACGUAAAGUACGUUGUUUGGUAUGAAUUGUGUCAUGAAAGUGUUUUUUUUUUUUUUUUUAAAUCAGUCAACACACGGAGGUGAAAUAAAAGUGGAAAUUUCUUGG